GGUGAGGGGGCGUGGCUUCUCCCGAGGCUCUGCCUCUCUGGGUUGCUCUCGCUGCUGCCGGUGGCUGCGCUGCCCGGCUCCAGCCCGCUCUUCUUUCCUUGUCGUCGAGCGGGUGGAUUGCCCGUCCUUGCUUUCUGGAGGUGCCAUGGCGGAACAGGAGAGCCUGGAGUUUGGCAAAGCGGACUUUGUGCUCCUCGAUGCCGUCUCCAUGCCCGAGUUCAUGGCCAACCUCCGGCUAAGGUUUGAAAAGGGUCGGAUCUACACUUUUAUUGGGGAAGUGGUGGUUUCUGUAAACCCUUACAAGAAUUUGAACAUCUAUGGGCGUGACAUGAUUGAGCAGUACAAAGGGCGGGAGCUGUAUGAGAGGCCCCCUCACCUCUUUGCCAUUGCGGAUGCAGCGUACAAAGCCAUGAAGAGACGGUCGAAGGACACGUGCAUCGUAAUAUCAGGUGAGAGUGGAGCAGGCAAAACAGAAGCCAGUAAAUACAUUAUGCAAUACAUAGCUGCCAUUACUAAUCCAAGCCAAAGAGCAGAGGUUGAAAGGGUGAAGAACAUGCUGCUGAAAUCCAACUGUGUUCUGGAGGCCUUUGGCAAUGCCAAAACAAACCGCAAUGACAAUUCCAGCCGUUUUGGAAAGUAUAUGGAUAUCAACUUUGAUUUCAAAGGAGACCCAAUAGGCGGGCAUAUAAACAAUUACUUGCUAGAAAAGUCACGGGUGAUUGUGCAGCAGUCAGGAGAGCGGAGCUUUCACUCUUUCUACCAGCUACUCAAAGGAGGUUCUGAACAGCUUCUACGUUCUUUACAUCUACAGAAGGAUUUAUCUCUCUACAGCUAUAUUGGUGCUGGAACACAAAUAAAGUGUUCUAUCAACGAUGGUGUUGAAUUCAAAGCUGUUGCUGAUGCGAUGAGAGUGAUUGGGUUUGAACCAGAGGAGAUUCAGACAGUUUACAAAAUUCUAGCCACCAUUCUUCAUUUGGGCAAUUUGAAGUUUUCUGUAGAUGGUGACACACCAGUGAUUGAAAAUAGCAAACUAGUGUCUGUUAUCGCAGAUCUGCUGUCAACCAAGGCUGACAUGGUGGAGAAGGCGUUGCUUUUUCGAACGGUUGCUACUGGCCGGGAUGUCAUUGAUAAGCAGCAUACAGAGCAAGAAGCCACCUAUGGCAGAAAUGCAUUUGCAAAGGCAAUAUAUGAGCGCCUUUUCUGCUGGAUUGUGAUGCACAUCAAUGAUGUGAUUGCCGUGAAGGACUACAACACGACAGUUCAUGGGAAAAACACAGUCAUUGGGGUCCUGGAUAUAUAUGGCUUUGAGAUCUUUGACAAUAACAGUUUUGAACAGUUCUGUAUAAAUUAUUGCAAUGAGAAGCUGCAGCAACUCUUCAUCCAGCUUGUUUUAAAGCAGGAGCAGGAGGAAUACCAGCGUGAGGGGAUUCCCUGGAAGCAUAUCGACUACUUCAACAACCAAAUCAUUGUUGACUUAGUGGAGCAGCAGCACAAGGGGAUCAUUGCCAAUCUGGAUGAUGCCUGCAUGAAUGUUGGAAAAGUCACUGAUGAGAUGUUCCUCGAGGCUCUUAAUAACAAACUGGGCAAACAUGCUCACUUCUCCAGCAGAAAGCUCUGUGCUACGGACAAAAACCUGGAGUUUGACAGAGACUUUCGGAUUAAGCACUAUGCUGGAGAUGUUAUCUACUCAGUCACUGGAUUUAUCGAUAAAAACAAGGACACUUUAUUUCAAGAUUUCAAGCGCCUGAUGUAUAACAGCUCCAACCCUGUGCUGAAAAAGAUGUGGCCAGAAGGCAAAUUGAGCAUCACAGAAGUGACCAAACGACCAUUGACUGCUGCUACCCUUUUCAAGAACUCCAUGAUUGCUUUAGUGGACAACUUGGCAUCUAAGGAGCCAUAUUAUGUCCGUUGCAUUAAGCCCAAUGACAAGAAGUUGCCGCAUCUGUUUGAUGAGGAACGUUGCAAGCAUCAGGUGGAAUACCUUGGGCUCCUGGAGAAUGUGAGGGUUCGACGGGCAGGAUUUGCUUAUCGUCAAACAUAUGAGAAGUUCCUUCACAGGUACAAGAUAAUCCCUGAAUUUACUUGGCCGAAUCACAAGCUCCCAUCGGACAAGGAGGCUGUGAAGAAACUGAUUGAACACUGUGGGUUCCAACAUGACGUGGCCUAUGGGAAGACCAAGAUCUUCAUCCGUACACCUCGGACGCUGUUUACGUUGGAAGAACUGCACGCCAAGAUGCUUGUGUGGGUGGUUCUCUUUCUACAGAAGGUUUGGAGGGGCACACUGGCUCGCCUCCGCUACAAGAGGACCGUAGCUGCUCUCAAGAUCAUAAAGUGCUACCGGCGCUACAAAGUGAAGUCUUAUAUCCGCGAAGUAGCCCGGAGGUUUCACAACGUGAAGUCCAUGAAAGGUUAUGGCAAACAUGUGAAAUGGCCCACCCCACCUAAAGUAUUGCGGCGGUUUGAAGAGGCCCUGCAAGCAAUCUAUCAUAGGUGGAGAGCACAUGAGCUCAUCAAGAGUAUCCCACCCAAAGAUCUGCCUCAGAUCAGGGCAAAGGUGGCAGCUGUGGAGCUGCUGAAGGGCCACCGAGCUGAUAUGGGGCUCCAAAGAGUCUGGCAGGGCAACUACAUUGCAUUGAAUCCAGAUAACCCCCAGGCUGCAGGUGCAUUCACCCCCGUUGCCAACGAGUUGAAACGAAAGGACAAGUUCAUGAAUGUUCUCUUCUCGUCUCACGUCCGCAAGGUAAACCGUUUCAACAAAGUGGAAGAUAGAGCAAUAUUUAUCACCGACCGGCACCUCUAUAAGAUGGACCCUACAAAACACUACAAAGUUAUGAAGACCAUCCCACUGUAUAACUUGACGGGAUUGAGCAUCUCCAAUGGAAAAGACCAGCUUGCAGUCUUUCACACAAAAGACAACAAGGACCUAAUUUUCUGCCUCCUCAGUGUGCAUCCAGUCAAUGAGAGCAGGAUUGGGGAGUUGAUUGGAGUCCUGGCAAAUCACUUUAAAAGCGAGAAGCGACGCCUGCAAGUGAGCAUUACCAACCCAGUCCAGUGCAGCCUGCAUGGUCGGAAAUGCACCGUCUCUGUGGAAACCAAAAUCAACCAAUCAGAGCCGAACUUCACCAAGAAUCGGACAGGCUUCAUUCUCUGCGUGCCUGGGAAUUAGCAUUGCUUCUGCGAAGGGGAGGGAGAAAAGGGAAAGGUUUCCCCCUGUAAGCAGCCUCCCGUUCUUCAUAUGCCUUGAAUCUUGCAGGGGGGGUGGGGGGGGAGGGCUGUGGGAGAAGCCGAGGGUUGUAAAGAUGUCUGUCUGUGACACACAUCUCCAAAGCCCACAUCAAGCAGGAGCUUACAAUAGCCUCUCCAUGAUGCCAGCUAUGAAUUUAGAAAGAGCUUAUGAGUCAUUUUGUACCAAAGUGCCCUUCUCUUAAUGGGUUCUUCUGACCUGCUGCUUCACCUCCCCUUUCCAGUAUUUCUCCCUCAACCCCCAGAUCUCAGAGAUUGCUGUAGAAUGGAAUUGUUCCAUUGGGAGGAACCAGCUUCCUGCGCGGCAGGGCAAACAGCAGGGAGCCUCUCUGGGUUUUACAGAGGCCGGGUCUCAGUUUUAAAAUCAAGCCAUAUCUGGGGAGGGAUGGGUUUUUUCCUAAAGCAGGGGCUGGCCUCAGUUUCCCAUCCGUCUGCCCCACCCCCUUGCAUCUUUCCUUGCAAGGAGCUUGUGCCUGUGAGAAUGCUGCCUUGGAACCCCUGGAUUCUGUCGCUUUGGGUUAAAUCUCCCAGCCACAUGGGGGAAGGCAGUGGGUGGGCUCUUUUGCUGGAUUGGCUGCUGUGGUGCAACCCAGCACUUUGCUAGCCUUGCACUAUAUGCUUUCUCCAGGAUGGGAAGAGCAUCGGCUUUGGAAUCCGUUUGUAACCCGCCCCCUGCUUUUGUGUGCAAUCCUCCUUAACAGUGAUCAGAUGCUGCUGUUGGUGCAUGCAUUGGAGCCCAUGGCUUGGGCCAGACCAGUACAUAGUGUGCUUUGUCCAGCGGCUGGCAUCAUCAUAGCCAGCGUCACCUUGUAAUUUGCCUUUUGCUGGUCAUAACAGCUCUUUGCUGAGCAGCGACACAGCCUUGUUAACAGGCUUUUGUUUCUUCCUGUUCCAUAUUAGCGAGUUUUAUUCGACAGCGAUGGGGAGAGCACUUCCGGGAUCUUGAAACAUGGGAGGAGACGUGCCAUUCCAGGGCCAAUGGAAAAGGCCCACACCAAAUAAAACAAAACCUGACGCUGCAGGUCGGGUCAGGAUUCAGCUACCUUAUGAUAGCACGUGCCCUGCUUGAGGAGCAGGGAGGGCAGGAACCAUGGCUUUAAUGUGUUUUGAGGUGUUUAAGCAGGAUAAGGAAAUCCUUACCAAAUUCACGAGUUGGGGGAGCAAGCUGACCCACUCCCAUGGAAAUCAGUUCCCCCCCCCAGUCAGGGAGGUAGAGGUAGUCCCUAUGGGGGAGCCAUUCCUAGUUAUGUCGUGUCUUGGUCAGGAAGCUCUCUGCCUCUCUCCAAGUCAGCUGAUUCCUCCUCCUUUGCUGUUCAGCUUUCAGUGAAGGGAGGCCAUCACCACUACUGCUGACUCAGUCCUUGCCUGCUCUGUGACUGGCCUGGGUUUUGUGAGAGCCGGACCUUGUAACGUCACAGAGCACCUUUCCAUUGAGAAGCGUAUUGUUGGGCCAUCAUCAACUCCCCUCAUCCCCAGGAGUUGUCCAACAACAGCUGGAGCGCUGAUGUGUACAGCCCUGUUAGUCAAGGGUGGAGGUGAAGAUGGUUUGAAACCUUGAGCCACUAGUGGCUAGAAAUCCACCGUUGAUUCAUCUUGGAUGGCACCCAUUAUCCAGCCCGACAUCAAUUCCCACACAUGUCAAGUGGUCUUUGGGAUGAGCCUGACCCCUUCAUUCUUUCUGAAAGGGACGUUGGGCUCUUGACCAGUCUUGCCAAUCAGGCGACGCGUUUGUACUCCCUUCCCUGUUGCCAGUAGCAAGAUAAGCCUCUCUCCACCCACCUUCACCCUGGCCCCUUGCUCGGCUUCUCUCCUAAUUGCCAGAGUGCCUUCCAACUCGAACCUCCGUAGCAGCCAAAUUAGUCAGAGAAGCUUUUUAAUUAGCACUUUUAUAUGAAUAAUGACAGCAGUCAAUAAAAUUGUGUGGUGAGGAAGUCUCUCCAAAUCUGGAAGAUUGGCUAUAUUAUAUGUAAUGAAGUAUUUGCCGUGAUUAAAUGAAUAUACAGUAUUUGUGCCUUUUCUGAUUCAUAUCAGAAUAUAAUUGUCUUGGUUUUAUCCAUAAAUUAACUGUUGCUUAAUUGUAUGUUUGAUUUUUAAACUUGGGGGAAUAAUGUAAUGAACAUUUAAAAGUAUGGUUUAUAUAGAAAUAUGGGCAAGGACCCUUGUUAUAAUUAAAAUGUAUUUUGUUUACAUAAUUAAUUGCAAUAAAUAAAUGAAUAAAAGGAUUCUCAUUUAUACCCUAAUAA